AUGACUGGCAAGCGUCGAUCCUCCUCUCGAUCGGACCGCUCGGUUGGUUCUCCUGCUACUCCCAGCCACUCACAGGCCCGGGGCGAGCUGGCGCCAGCCCUGCUCCGAGCCGCCGCUGCCUGGUCGCGCACGAGGAGGCCGGCUCCUCCCCCCGUCGUCACGAGCCAGUCUAUCGCUCUCCCCGCGGGCGGACCCAUCCACAUCUCCGGGCUCGUGGCGGCUCCUAUCGACGUCGCCGUCCGCCUCGACACCCUCCCGCUGUCCACGCGUGCGCCACCUCCUCCGGCUCCCCCGUCGCAGGCGGCCGCGGUUGGGGCACCUCUUGUGCUUCCUGCCGUGGUGCCGCCCACCCCGUCUGCAAGUUCCCCUGGUGAUCCUCCUCAGCGGCUACAUCCUCUGAUUCCACUCGACCCCUCCCCUGUCGCUCGAUUCCCUCCUCCUCGUUGCCAUUCUCCUCCGCUUCCUCCCAACGCACCUGAUCCUGAAGACGACGAGGCGUGGUGGAACGGCGAUUCGUGGGAGUCUCCUCCCCAGUUCGGAACGUUGUGGGGUCGGGACUGGGACAUCCGGUCCGAUUUCGUUCUGGACGUGCUUCGCUGGGAGUGGCGCAUGAUCGGGGUUGGCGAGUGUCUCUCCCAUGUUGCGACCGCACUGGAGCAGUUGCAUGCUAGUCUGGAGGCGCGGAAUCUAGUCCUCCGAGAUCCCCAGCUGACGGAGCCCCAAUAG